AUGAAAAGUGAGGAGCAAAUAAAAAGUGAGGAGCAAAUAAAAAGUGAGGAGCAAAUAAAAAGUGAGGAGCAAAUAAAAAGUGAGGAGCAAAUAAAAAGUGAGGAGCAAAUAAAAAGUGAGGAGCAAAUAAAAAGUGAGGAGCAAAUAAAAAGUGAGGAGCAAAUAAAAAGUGAGGAGCAAAUAAAAAGUGAGGAGCAAAUAAAAAGUGAGGAGCAAAUAAAAAGUGAGGAGCAAAUAAAAAGUGAGGAGCAAAUAAAAAGUGAGGAGCAAAUAAAAAGUGAGGAGCAAAUAAAAAGUGAGGAGCAAAUAAAAAGUGAGGAGCAAAUAAAAAGUGAGGAGCAAAUAAAAAGUGAGGAGCAAAUAAAAAGUGAGGCGCAAAUAAAAAGUGAGGCGCAAAUAAAAAGUGAGGCGCAAAUAAAAAGUGAGGCGCAAAUAAAAAGUGAGGCGCAAAUAAAAAGUGAGGCGCAAAUAAAAAGUGAGGCGCAAAUAAAAAGUGAGGCGCAAAUAAAAAGUGAGGCGCAAAUAAAAAGUGAGGCGCAAAUAAAAAGUGAGGCGCAAAUAAAAAGUGAGGCGCAAAUAAAAAGUGAGGCGCAAAUAAAAAGUGAGGCGCAAAUAAAAAGUGAGGCGCAAAUAAAAAGUGAGGCGCAAAUAAAAAGUGAGGCGCAAAUAAAAAGUGAGGCGCAAAUAAAAAGUGAGGCGCAAAUAAAAAGUGAGGCGCAAAUAAAAAGUGAGGCGCAAAUAAAAAGUGAGGCGCAAAUAAAAAGUGAGGCGCAAAUAAAAAGUGAGGCGCAAAUAAAAAGUGAGGCGCAAAUAAAAAGUGAGGCGCAAAUAAAAAGUGAGGCGCAAAUAAAAAGUGAGGCGCAAAUAAAAAGUGAGGCGCAAAUAAAAAGUGAGGCGCAAAUAAAAAGUGAGGCGCAAAUAAAAAGUGAGGCGCAAAUAAAAAGUGAGGCGCAAAUAAAAAGUGAGGCGCAAAUAAAAAGUGAGGCGCAAAUAAAAAGUGAGGCGCAAAUAAAAAGUGAGGCGCAAAUAAAAAGUGAGGCGCAAAUAAAAAGUGAGGCGCAAAUAAAAAGUGAGGCGCAAAUAAAAAGUGAGGCGCAAAUAAAAAGUGAGGCGCAAAUAAAAAGUGAGGCGCAAAUAAAAAGUGAGGCGCAAAUAAAAAGUGAGGCGCAAAUAAAAAGUGAGGCGCAAAUAAAAAGUGAGGCGCAAAUAAAAAGUGAGGCGCAAAUAAAAAGUGAGGCGCAAAUAAAAAGUGAGGCGCAAAUAAAAAAGUAA